GGUGGUUCUGCGAAAAUGGCAUUUCAACCGCCUUCUGUCUCGCAAGUUGAGCAAACCCAGCCUUACAACCUUAAUCCUUACAAGAUAAUAGUUCAACUUUAUGAAAGCGUUGAUCCACAUUUCCAAAAGUCAGCACAAGAGUACAUACAAAAUCUUCAAAAGCAGCAAUAUGCUUGGGAUUUGGCACCUCAGCUAUUAGCCUCUCAGAAAUGGGUUCGUACUGAGCUUAUUGGAUGGAUUGUCCGUCUUUCUGGUGGUUCUAAUGUUGUUGUUACAAAGCUUUGUCUGGCUCUCACCGCUUAUGCAAUACAAGCUGUGCCAGAUAUUUGGUCAAAUUUUAUACCUGACUUUUUCGAAAUGCUACAUUCCGGAGUAAUUGCUGCCCAAAAUCAGGGCCAGCCUUUAUUCUUCGAGUUACCGCUCCUAGAAUUUCUUACUGUUAUUCCUGAGGAAGUUUUACGAGCUGAUUUAAUUGGAGAGCGAAAGGCUAAAGUAUAUCAGGAACUCACUAAUUCCAUCCCAAGAGUGUUUUCGACAUUGCAAUCUUUACUAUCUGAAUACUACGGCCAUCCAGAACGCGAUUUAAUAUUAAAACAAAAAUGCCUACGAUGUCUACAAAGCUGGAUUUUAUACGGUGUCCCAUUUGAAUCUCUUUAUCUACUUAUUGAUAAUGUAAUAAAUCUUUUUUCGCUUGAAUCAACUAAUGACGCUGCAACUGAAGUAUUAGUGGAAUUCAUAUCGCAACCUCGCAUCACAAUGUAUCAAAAUACCGUGUGUGAGAAGAUGCUUAGUUGCAUGACUAGUGACUGGGCUAAAGCCCAAAUGGUUAAUGGUAAUGCACCAAUUCGAAAUAUUUGGGUUAAAAUGCGUGAGAUGCCAUUGCAAUUUUGGUAUCUACUGCAAGAACCUUUAUUUGAUCCACAUAUCAUUCCAGUUAAUAAUGUCGAUAAUAAUACUGUCAGUGGGGAGGACGCGAUUACAUCAACUUUACAGAUUACACCAGAUGAAGCUCGAAAAAUACGUGAAACAUCCUUAAUAGUGUUUCGACGACUAAUUGAGAUUUUAAGAAGUAAAAUCCAAUAUCCACCAGAUACAGAGUGGUCCGAAUGGACCAAAGAUGUAAGAGAACAGUUUAAAAUAUAUAGAAGAAACGUCGGAGAUACAGUUACGAAUUCAUAUUACGUGUUGCAGGAUCAAAUGCUAGCAUUCUUUGUAGAUCUCGCAAUUACGCAAUUGAAUUUACCAGGAAGAAAUCCAAGUCAGUGGCAGGAUCUUGAGUCAACAUUAUUUUGCAUCAAAUGUAUAGCUGAAGUUGUAGAUCAUAACGAAAAUGUUUACUUGCCUCGUUUAUUCGGCGCAGAAGUAUAUGGAAUGUUACCUUUGCAGGGACAUAUUCGACUAAGGAACACAACUCUCUCUCUUAUCGGUUCUUAUGCUGAUUGGUUUAAAUCUCAUCCCCAAUACAUAUUAUCGGCUCUCAAUUAUCUUAUACCUGCACUAAGCGACGCAGAGUUGGCACUUUCAGCUGCCACGUCAUUCAAUGAAGUGUGCGACGCAUGCCGUGAUUCAUUGGUUGGUGACAUAGAUAGUCUUGUUAACAUGUAUAUGGUCGUUGGUCCGCAUAUUCAACCUAGAGAAAAACAGAAAGUUAUUGAAUCUAUAGCCGAUGUGAUUCAAGCUUUAUCGCCUGAUAAAAUGUUGCAACCGUUACUGGUCAUUACGAAUGAUAUCAUACAGGCAAUGAGAGAAGCAGUGCUUUGUGGAAAACAGAACCCUCCGCAAUAUCGAGAAGCUGUAAUAGCACAACUAGAAUAUCUUACAUGUUGUUGUCGAGGGAUUCAACCACCUGAUGAUAAUGUUGUCAUUUUAGAUGAUAUUGGGCAUGAAAAAAACUUUUUUGUUACUAGUUCAAGUGUAGGACUUGUAAAUACUUUACUAGAAAUUAUUAGUAAUAUUGCAGAAAUAUGGUAUCAUGAUAGUGAAGUUAUAGAAAUGAUCGUACCUUUAAUUCAAAUAUCUUUUCAACGAGAUCAUCAUUCUUAUUGGCUAGACACAGCAGCUAAAGUAGUGACUAUAUAUGGUUCAAAUGAUAAGUGUGGCAAUGCUUUGAGGGAUAUGUUAGUUGCUCUUACGUCCACUACUAUACAGCAUGUUAGGAGUCAAGCCGAUAUGGAACAAUAUCCUGAUAUAGUUAGCUCCUAUUUUUCUGUUCUAACUAAAUAUCUUCAAAAAUGUCCGUUAUUAUUGUAUACAUUGCCCUCUGAUAUGUUCAAAAGCAUUUUGACAUUUUCCGUUGCAGGCUUAGGCUUACAGGAAAGGCUUGCGCUGAAGUCUGCUGUGACCUUUAUGGGAGAAUUUAUUGGACAACAUUUCAAAGAGGAACAAUUCGCGAAAGGAGGAAUUGGUGGUAGAUUACCACGGUCUUUGGUUCCCUCUCUUGCAACCAUAUUAUACAAAAUAACGGGACGUUAUAUUGAGGCCAGUAGAGAAUGGUUAAAUAUUUUGCUAUCACAGUUUAUGGUAAAUGAUUAUCAACAACUCUAUAAUUUUCUACGAAAUAUGAAGGAAAAUUUUCCAUCUCCUCACGUGGAUCAAUAUACAAAACAAAACUUUGCUAAGGCUAUUAUUGCUAUUAUUAGUACAAGAUCUUUGCAACGUUUUAAAGAUUUAGUAAAAGAAUUUUCGAUUAAAUGUCGAGACCUAGAAGAUUCUGCAUAUGGGCAUACAUGA